UUUAACAAAUUCUAUCUUAUAGGAAGUUGGUGGAAUGAUGACAUUAACAGAUGUUUAUUGUCGUGUAAACAGAGCUAGAGGCUUGGAACUUCUGUCACCGGAAGACCUAUUAAAUGCUAGUAGACAAUUAGCACCUUUAGGUUUACCUAUAGUAUUGAGAACUUUUGAUAGUGGAGUUAUAGUUCUUCAAUUACGAUCCCAUAAUGAUAAUGCUAUAGUUGAUGUCAUAGCAGACUUGAUCAAAGAAAGAGGAUCACUAACUGCAGAAGAACUUGCACAAUCAGAAGGUAUAUCUGUACUUUUAGCUCGUGAAAGGUUAUUAGUUACAGAAAAAUAUGGAAGAGCAUGUAGAGAUGAUACAAUUGAAGCUUUAAGAUUCUAUCCUAAUUUAUUUUUGGAACAAGAUGACUAACAACAGUGUUUUCAUUACUAUAUAAGCAUAAAAACAUGUUCACUUUUAAGCAGGUGUACUUUGUCCAAGAUACAGGAUUCAUUAUAAGAAGUUCAUAUAUUUUUUGUGCCUUUAUAUUUUACAUGUGUAAAAACGUGAAAACUAAAUAUUUUGAAAAAUAUAAAUAGUACAUUAAUUUACAGAUACAAAAUAUGUAUAAUUUUGAAAUCAAUAUUUAUUGUAAUUGUCUUACAAUCAUCUUUCAUGUUAGAAUAGAUUUAUAAUAAAUAAAAAGAAAAACAAAAAACCUUUUGAAGUUCACUAAAGAAUGCUUUUGUUCUAAUAUCAAAUUAACAAGAUGUAUUAAAUAUUCUACA